GAUCUGUGGAUUCCUUACUUCACGAUCACAACUGACAUCACCGCCUCGGCCAUGAGGGUCCACACGGAUGGCUCUCUGUGGAGGUAUGUCCGUGCCAGCAUGUCCCUCUCUGGAUACAUGCCUCCUCUCUGUGACCCGAAGGAUGGACAUCUCUUGAUGGAUGGAGGUUAUAUCAACAAUCUUCCUGCUGAUGUUGCGAGGUCCAUGGGUGCCAAAGUGGUGAUCGCGAUCGACGUGGGGAGCCGAGACGAGACAGAUCUCACCAACUAUGGUGACUGCUUGUCUGGCUGGUGGCUGCUCUGGAAGAGGUGGAAUCCACUGGCCAAGAAAGUCAAGGUGCUGAACAUGGCAGAGAUCCAGACGCGGCUCGCGUACGUGUGCUGCGUGCGGCAGCUGGAGAUGGUGAAGAACAGUGAUUACUGCGAGUAUAUCCGACCGCCCAUUGACCGCUACGGAACCCUGGAGUUUGGGAAAUUCGAUGAAAUCUGUGAAGUGGGAUAUCAACACGGGAAAACAGUAUUUAAUGUCUGGUGCAGGAGUGGAGUCCUUGACAAGAUGCUAAGAGACAGACAAGAGACUGGCAAAUCCAAAACCGACGUAAGUGUCUGGGUUAAAUGCACUGUUCUGCAAGAGCUACUUGAUGCACACCAGAACGUGACCUGUCCCACCACCUCUUUUACGGAUCUGGCAGAAAUUGUGUCCAGGAUCGAGCCGGUGAAAGCGCCCGUGGCAGAUGAUGAGUCAGACUACCAGACUGAGUAUGAGGAAGAAAUUCUGGACACCCAGAAGGAUGAUUAUAUCAAUUUCACAAGCAGCCAGGUUGAAGAAGACUCUGACUCGGAUGAAGAUAUGCAGAUAAGAAAGCGCAGGAAUGUCCCCAGCGCGGACGGCCAGGCGAGCAGCACGGGAGAGCCGGGGUAG